CUGCACCUGUUGGAAGAUCUGCCAUCGACGCGGGAUGCUGUAUUCGAUUACUUUUCACUGGUGUUCAACGGUGCCGUGAAGGCUUACCUGAUCAAUGUGGAAAAAAAUAGUUCGGAUGGUACGCAGGAUGACGAUGCAAUCCAGGAGAUACACGAAGCGUUGGAACGGCUAGUGCGGAAUGGUCCACCGGCCUGGUCGCCGUUGAUAUCGUCAUGGUGUCUGCGACUGUUGGGGGAAAUUUGCGACAAAAACAGUCGCCGUCGUCCGCUGGAUAUUCGAAUGUCUUGCAAUCUGUGGCUCGGAUGCAACGCCAUCCGGUGUCUGAUGGGACUGACGGCACUGUGUUUCAGCAAACUGGACGAGUUGGAAGUGGAUGCCUGUAUCACCGGACUGUUGAACACGUUUGCUCAGCAUUCACCGUACUUCGAUUGGGUGGUGGCACGGCUUGGCGGUUGCUUUCCCUCGAAGGUUAUUUCGAAAAUGUUGUUCUGCGGUCUGAAACGGUUCACUGGCGAGUAUGAUCAGGUCGAUUCCGAGGUGGAAGUUUUGAGCUAUCUGGCAUCGACCAACGAAGACGAUUUGAAGCAAGCGUUGAAGGAAAUUGUCGAACGGGAAACCAACAACAAGCUGACGGUUCCGUAUUUGCUGCAUCUGUCAAAGAAUUCGGAGAUUUUGGCACAAUCGCUGGCGGUGGUGUUUUUGGAUAAUUAUAACGACACUUAUCUACACUUGAUAAAAGUUCAAUCGAAAUUCUGGCCCUCGAAUUACAGUGCCAGCAACGUGAUUCACAUCGUUACGAAUCUGCUGCUGAAGGUGAAGAAAAAAUCCAUUGAGGUUCUGCUAACGCUGCCACGAAUAUCGGAAAAAUAUUCCUGGUGCCAGGAACUGUUGGAAAUGCUAUUCGUCGAACUGGAAACGAUCGUUCUGGAGAAACGCUCCUGCCCGCUGCUGGACGAUGCAGUGAAAGAUUCAUCCAAAGAUCUGCUGUGGCGUUCGUGUCUCAGCGAUUGUUCGCUGGCCCAGCAAAGUGCCGUUCGUUUAAUUCUGCUGGCCAGUCUCAAGUCGUCCUACUUCCUGCAGCAAUCCAUUGCCCAGAUGUUGAUGGCUUCGUCUGGUGUUCCGACCAAUCCCAGCAAACCGCACCUGAAUGCCCUGGCUCGAAUGCUCGGUGGACCGCACGGGUCUGCCGAGUUGCCACGAAUUAAACCAGCUUUCGAAAUCGCACUCGGUCGGAUGCUGCUCAAUCCAACCGCCGGCAGAGGCAGCCGGGAAAAUUUUAACGUCCUGCAGAAUCUGGUGGAAAUUGUCAAGCUCGAACGAGACUCGUUCAAUGUGCACCUGAAGAAGACGAACUGCGUUCGAGUGCUGCAGGAACUGCUCGGCAAACUGCUUACCAUCUGGGAUGCACUGAUGUGUCAGGAAAAGUAUGUGCUGAUGCCGCAACUGCAGGAAGAGGUUCGGCCCGCACCGGUCGAGGUUAAGAUGGAAAUCAAACGCAUCAAACUGGAGGAUGGCGGCUCACAACCGAUGGACACGGGAGAGGGAACCAGUGAACAGGCGCCGGCAUCGUGUACCACCGAUCGAUUCGGUGGCGCACCGAGCUCGGUUUUUGAUCAGAUUCACAUGCUGGCCAAGUUGAUCGACUGCAUGGAGUUGAACGCAAAGGUGUACGUUUUCGAUAUGCCCGAAACGCUCAAACUGGCGCAGCUGACCGUUCGGUACUUUUUCCUGUGCCUGCAGCAGGCACAAUCCGGUGGCAAUCCGAGCACGGACGACGAUACCAAUCUGCACCGGUGCUAUCAGUUACUGUCGAGACACUGUGCAACCCGGAAAGCGGCGAGAACCGCCGCACUGCGAGAUAUUUUAGAAGGAGCCCUGUAUCUGUACGGGAAUCUGUUCGGUUCGCAGAUCGAAAGUGAUUCCGUCGAGUACAUCAAACCGGACGAGCUGCUGAUCAAGCUGAACCAGAAACAGGGACUGACGAUGAACGCUACUCGAUCGACUGUGCUGCAUGCUGGUAUCAUCGGUCAGGGACCGAAACAACCGGUCAAAUCAGCCGACGGUCCCGAGUUGGAGAUGCAGAAUCGUCUGAUCAGUGCCAUCGUGGCGUGCUGUCAGGAUACCGAACACCAAAAUACGAUCGAUGGCUACAGCUAUUUGUCGCUACUGCUGGUCGAACUGGUUUCACCCGAUGUGAUGUACAACGGACUGCCCUGGCCGGAAGAAGAGUUCACCAAAGUGACGAUGGAGCGUGAUCUGCAAAUCCGACGAAUGUUCCGCACCUGUCCGAUACUGUGGUCGAUUCUGGGACUGAUCGCCUGUUACCGUCCGGCACUCUGCUACAGUUCGGUACUUCUGCGGGCUCUCUGUGCUUCGGCCCUUCACCAGUGGCGCUCGAAAUCCGCCGAAACGAUGAAUGGUCAGAAGACGGAACUGAUGCACAUGACUAUCAAGUUGCUGGAACUGCUGGCCCUGGGACAAUUGCUGCCACCACCCCUUAGCUAUCUACACAUUGUCCUGCCCCAUCUGGAUGCGACCGAGAUCGUGUACGUUCUCAAGGAGUGCAUCUGGAACUAUCUGAAGGAUCACGUCCCCUCACCGGUGCUGUUCGUGUGCGACCCGACCGGUUUCCACUGGCGUGAUCCGGCAACAUCGCGUCCCCCGCCGCAGUACACCAACCCGCUACGGCACACGAUGCAACGUAAACUGGACCGACUGGGUCAUCUUUAUCAGCAGAUGUUUUUCGAACCGGAACUACGGUUUCCCACUACCCAAAUGCCGGCUGUUCCGGUUGUGAUGGUCAACGGAUUGGGAAACGGUGGGCCACUGCUACAAGCAACCAACGGAAAUGGUCUGCCGCCCCUCGUGGUGGUGGCUGCCAACGGCAAUGGACAUCUGGCAGGAGUUAACCCCAACGUUGCUGCUGCCGGCGUGGGUCCGGUCAUACUGGGACCCGUUGUUACGAUAGAUUAGACUAGCUGUCACCUUCUUUCUACAAACAGUGAAAUGUAGAUAGACGUCAGAAUC